GCUCCAUACGGUCUUUCUGUGGUGCUGUCACAUGUUGUCCCUUUACAAGACAAGCUAGAAGUAGUUUGCUCGCUUUGUAACCUGUACUCUCCUUUCUCUCGACUAAUCUACGCUUAAUUGCUUCACUUUAGAUACACAAAAUGUCUGAGGCUUUUCAAAAGGCAGCCACGGAAGUCAAGAAUUUGAAGGAGAAACCAGAUGAUACCGAAAUGCUUGAAGUUUACGCACUUUACAAGCAGGCUACAGUCGGCGAUAUUAAUACCGCCCGACCUGGCAUGCUAGACUUCACUGGGAAGGCCAAAUGGGAUGCCUGGGAAAAAAAGAAAGGUAAAUCUAAAGAGGAAUGUGAAGCUGCAUACAUAGCAAAAGUGGAAGAGCUUAAGGAAAAAUAUGAAAUGAAUUAAAACCAUUUUAUCUUUUUA